AUGGAAGAUCGACCUUUUGCCUGUCCAUUGUGUGAACGCCGUUUCAACCGAAGAUACAACCUCAAUGCUCAUAUUCGUAUUCAUGAUCCUCAUCGGAAGAAACUGUUUGAUUGUCCUGUAUGUACUCAAUCCUUUGACCGGAAACAUGAUCGUGAUCGCCAUGUGGAUGCCCUUCAUUUUGAAAACAAACGUCGUGCCCAUUGCCACCUUUGUGAUGCCUCUUUUACCCGUCGUGACGCCCUGACCAGACACAUGCACAAAUUACAUACCCGAACCUCUACUUCAUGA